GCGCCUCGGCCUUUCCUCUCCAAGCCGACGCCAUCGUCCUCGCCUUCCCUCAUGGGAACUCUGGGCCUGGGAGUCCUGUUGGGGCUCGGGGUGCUGCUCUGGAUCUUCCCGGGGGUAGGGUCGGCGUUGCACCCUCAGGAAACGGUGCUCCUGAGAUCCCUGGGGCUGAAAACCAGGCCCAGCCCCAGGUCGCCUGCUCCGGUGCCGCCCUGGCUAUGGAAGAUGUUCCAGACAAGAAGCGAGGCGUCCAAGGAGUCCCGGAACCCGUGUUGGGUGGAGGAAUUCCAAGUCCCUGGAAACGUCAUUCGGGUUUUCCCCGACCAAGGACAAUUGAUCCACCGAGAAGAACCCCCAAGUUGGAUAUGUUUACAAAAACGGCUAUAUUUUAAUUUCUCUGCCCUGGAGGAAGGGGAGCAGUUGACCCUGGCCCAGCUGGAGAUUCAGUUCAGCCACAACCAGUACCAGGGUUCCAGCUCCGUUCAUCCCUUCGAGUUAAGCCUCUAUCGGGCUCCCCAGAUGACCUUGCGUGGCAUGUCCGCCCAUACUUACAGCCGCCAACUCCUGGUGGAGCAAUCCUUCGUCCACCUGCGCAAGUCCUUUGCCUUCAACCUGACCGAGCUGGCGAAGGAAUGGCAGACUCCAUCCAAGAACUUGGGCUUGCUCCUUGAAAUUAGCCUCCCAGCGUCACCCGAGAGAAGCUUAUGCUCCAAGCUCCAUUCCAUGCUCAGCACCUCCCUGUUGGUGGUUUCCCUCACUCCUGGGCAGUGCAAAAGCCCCAGGAAAAGGCGCAGCGCUUACUACAGGCCAGUCUCCGCCAGCAACAUUUGCAAACCCCGCCGGUUGUACAUCAGCUUCACCGAAGUCGGUUGGGAGAAUUGGAUCAUUGCUCCACAGGGUUACCUGGCCAACUACUGCCUCGGCGAAUGCCCUUUUCCCCUGACCGAGGAACUCAACAGCACCAACCAUGCCAUCUUGCAAACCAUUGUGCAUUCUCUGGACCCCGCUGGGACCCCUCAGCCUUGCUGUAUCCCCGUCCGCCUUUCCCCAAUCUCCGUUCUGUACUAUGACAACAAUGAUAACGUGGUGUUGAGACAUUACGAGGACAUGGUGGUGGAUGAAUGCGGCUGUCGGUGA